UGACAUCAAGGAGAGAUGCUCGUGCCCGCGCUCUGACGGCCGCGCGCAUCCUCUCUCUCCUCCACUCGGGACCGAGCAUCAGGAUCCAAGGACGGACCGCGAGCUCGCGAGCUUCAGGUCAUCCAGAAGUCCGCGAGCAUCAACAGACGGACGGUCGGUUGAUGAGCUGAUGAGUGAUCGAUGAUUGGAAACUGAUCACAUGAUCUGAUCUGAUGAUGAAGAUGACGUGAUGAAGACACGGUGAAUCAACAGGACGGAGCGCGAGACGGUGUCAACAGGGUCCUUUAAACUGAAGACCAACGUUCAACGACAGAGGACAGAGGACAGAGGACAGACACCGGACAUUUCAACAACAUCUCCAUUCAUUAAGACAAAAAACAAAAAGAAACACCUUUAACCUGAGAGUCACCGGACCGGACCGGACCGGACCGGAGCACGGCACCGGGCUGAACCACACACGGUGAAAUCAACAGGAGACCGAGGACAGACCGAGGACAGACCGAGGACAGACGCUGUGACGGAAUUCACCGCCGACAGAAAAUCAUGGAGCUCCGUGGCAUGUUGCUCCUCACCGUCCUGCAGUUCUGCUCGGUGGCUCGUGGCGGUUGCGAGCCUCGCCUGGUGAACAUCGGCGCCGUGCUGAGCCAGAAACGCUACGAGCAGGUGUUCAAGGAGGCGGUGAGCCAGGCCAACACUCUGUACGGGAAAGACAAGUUCAAAAUGAACGCCAUCUCCGUCACGCACAAGCCCAACGCCAUCCAGAUGGCUCUGUCCGUCUGCGAGGACCUCAUCUCCAACCAGGUUGAUCUCUGCCUGUGGUUAACUUUCUGUCUGCGUGUUUUCUCUGUGACGUCACAUCAGACUAAAAACAGGAACUAUGAAAACCUCGACCAACACAACUUUGACUUCAGGAGAACGCCCAAGGCGGAGAAGGUGCUGCUGUUCACCCAGGACACCAACCUGACGUCUCUGCUGCUGGAGGCCAAAGACCUGGAGGCCCGAGUCAUCAUCCUCUCUGCCAGUGAGGAUGAAGCUGCAGCUGUGUAUAAAGCAGCCCGUCAGCUCAACAUGACCGGCUCUGGUUACGUCUGGCUGGUCGGUGAGAGAGAGAUGACCGGCAAAGCUCUGAGUGACGCUCCAGACGGCCUGCUGGGGCUCCAGCUGAUUAACGGGAAGAAUGAGUCUGCGCACAUCACGGACGCCGUGGCCGUGGUGGCUCAGUCUCUGCAGGAGCUGUUUGAGAAGGAGAACAUCACGGAGCCUCCACGGGGCUGCGUGGGAAACACCAACAUCUGGAGGACGGGUCCGCUCUUCAAACGGGUGCUGAUGUCAUCAAAGUACUCCGACGGUCUGACAGGGCGGAUCGAGUUCAACGACGACGGCGACAGACGCUUCGCUACGUACAGCGUCCUGAACUACCAGCAGAAGCUGGGACGCCUCGUCCAGGUCGGAGUCUUCAACGGGUCACAGGUGGUGAUGAAUCCUCAGAGGAAGAUCAUCUGGCCCGGUGGAGAGACGGAGAAACCGGUUGGAUAUCAGAUGUCGACUAAACUGAAGAUUGUGACGAUCCAUCAGGAGCCGUUCGUUUACGUGAAGCCAACAAAGACUGACGGGACGUGUAAAGAGGAGUACACUGUUAACGGAGUCCUGAUCAAGAAGGUGAUCUGUACCGGACCCAACGGAACCAUCCCAGGUCAGCCCAUCGUCCCUCAGUGUUGCUAUGGUUUCUGCAUCGACCUGCUCAUCAAGCUGGCGAUGAGCAUGAACUUCACCUACGAGGUUCACCUGGUGGCUGAUGGGAAAUUCGGCACGCAAGAGCGAGUGAACAACAGUAAUAAGAAGGAGUGGAACGGGAUGAUGGGGGAGCUGCUCGGAGGUCUGGCUGACAUGAUCGUCGCUCCACUGACCAUCAACAAUGAGCGCGCUCAGUACAUCGAGUUCUCCAAACCCUUCAAGUACCAGGGACUCACCAUCCUCGUCAAGAAGGAAAUCCCUCGCAGCACUCUGGACUCGUUCAUGCAGCCGUUCCAGAGCACGCUGUGGCUGUUAGUCGGUCUGUCGGUCCAUGUGGUGGCAGUGAUGCUUUACCUAUUAGACCGGUUCAGCCCGUUUGGAAGGUUCAAAGUAAACAGUGAAGAAGAAGAAGAAGACGCCCUCACCUUGUCCUCCGCCAUGUGGUUCUCAUGGGGAGUACUGCUGAACUCUGGGAUAGGAGAAGGAGCUCCCAGGAGUUUCUCAGCCAGGAUUCUGGGUAUGGUGUGGGCAGGUUUCGCUAUGAUCAUCGUAGCUUCAUAUACUGCCAACCUGGCAGCCUUCCUUGUGUUGGACCGGCCUGAGGAGCGCAUCACUGGCAUCAAUGACCCCAGGCUGCGUAACCCAUCAGAUAAGUUCAUCUACGCCACAGUGAAGCAGAGUUCGGUGGAUAUCUACUUCAGACGGCAGGUGGAGCUGAGCACCAUGUACCGGCACAUGGAGAAACACAACUACGAGAGUGCUGCUGAGGCCAUCCAGGCCGUCAGAGACAAUAAGCUUCAUGCCUUCAUCUGGGACAGCGCUGUGUUGGAGUUCGAGGCGUCGCAGAAGUGCGAUCUGGUGACGACAGGAGAGCUUUUCUUUCGCUCUGGAUUCGGGAUUGGAAUGAGGAAAGACAGCCCGUGGAAACAGAACGUUUCUCUGGCUAUUCUCAGCUCUCAUGAGAAUGGCUUCAUGGAGGAUCUCGACAAGACGUGGGUUCGAUACCAGGAGUGUGACUCCAGGAGCAACGCCCCCGCUACCCUCACCUUCGAGAACAUGGCAGGUGUGUUCAUGUUGGUUGCUGGUGGCAUAGUUGCCGGGAUCUUCCUCAUCUUUAUUGAGAUCGCCUACAAACGACACAAAGAUGCUCGAAGGAAACAGAUGCAGCUCGCCUUCGCCGCCGUGAAUGUCUGGAGGAAGAACCUGCAGGAUAGGAAAAGUGGUAGAGCAGAGCCCGAGCCCAAACUGAAAACCUCUUUUAGGUCCAUCACUUCGACCUCCGACCUCAAACGCCGUAGGGCCUCCGGGGACGCCACGCCGUACCCGACUGACAUCACCGGGCAGCUCAACCUAUCAGAUCCCUCCGUCAGCACCGUGGUCUGAGAGAGAGAGCGAGCUUCACUGCUGCUGCUGAGCCACACACACACACACACACACACACACACACACACACACACACACACACACACUCGCCUUGCUCUGCUUGUAGCCGUUUUCAGACAGAUGUCUUUUAUUUUGAAAGGAGUGUUUCUAGUUUAUUUUAUUUUGGUGAUCUCUUUGAUGUUGUACAGUUGAUUCUGUUUCCUGUCUGUCACACUGAUUGAUUACACCAAAUUAUCGAUCAUCAAUCAGUUUGUCACCGGAAACUCGAGCUCCUGAAAUCCAAAACCUGUCGAUCGAUCGACCGACCGGGGACCUGUCGAUGGAUCAGGGAACCUGUCGACUGACUGGGGACCUGCUGACUGACCCGUUUGACUGGGGACCUGUCCACCAAGCAAUCGUUUGACUGGGGACCUGUCCACCAAGCAAUCGUUUGACUGGGGACCUGUCGAUGGAUCAGGGGACCUGUCGUUUGACUGAGGACCUGUUGACUGACCAAUCGUUUGACUGGGGACCUGUCGAUGGCUCAGGGGACCUGUUGACUGACCAAUCGUUUGACUGGGGACCUGUCGACUGACCAAUCGUUUGACUGGGGACCUGUCGAUGGCUCAGGGGACCUGUCGACCGACCAAUCAUUUGACUGGGGACCUGUCGAUGGAUCAGGGGACCUGUUGACCGACCAAUCAUUUGACUGGGGACCUGUCGACUGACCAAUCGUUUGACUGGGGACCUGUCGAUGGAUCAGGGGACCUGUUGACCGACCAAUCAUUUGAUUGAGGACCUGUUGACUGACCAAUCGUUUGACUGGGGACCCACUGACUGACCAAUCGUUUGACUGGGGACCUGUCGAUGGAUCAGGGGACCUGUUGACCGACCAGUCGUUUGACUGGCGACCUGUCGACUGACCAAUCGUUUGACUGGGGAC